CGUCCUUGCCCCCAGUUACGUAAUUGUGCAAGAAUAAACGAAGGUUCCACGGACCGAUCCACGCCAUCAUAAUAAAAUUGUUCCUCCUCCUUGUGACGACCCCGUCGACGACAACACCAUUCCGCUGCUCUCUCUUCUGGCCAACACACUCGUCUGACAUGGAACCGUCAUCGCACGAGUUACAGCAUCUAUCAGGCCAAACCACGUCACCGUCUGCUGAGCAUCGCAACGCAGCACGGCAGAGGGUGCGCUUCAACAACCCCGCUGCCGGGACUCCGGCCUCAGACAGCUAUGCCCGUCUUCAUGACUCCGAAGUCACCCAACCAGCUUCCGACAAGUCCACAGCUGAAGCCGAGAAGCUCCUGAAGGCGCACAGACAGGGAGACGCAGCUUCCGAACAUCGGCCGAGCACGCCGCUGGACGAGAACGAAGACUACGCCGUGUCCGGUAACGCCCAAGGCGGCGUGUUCUACCAGCUCCUUCAGGCAUACAAGUCGCCCGUUCUCGGCGAGAGCCCGUCUGAGACCAGUGUUACUCCUCCCUCGCCGCCGUUCCAGAGACCUGCAUCUUCAAGCGCCCCUGGAUCCUCGGGCUUUGGGACCCCGCGACGCAAAUGGUACGAGCAUGACAAAGAUGUCCGCUCGCAGGAAACGCUGGCCACGCUCGUGGGAGCAGCAACAGAACUCGCGAACCCGCACGAGAAGCAGGGUCUGGAGUUUCGACGAGCACACAAGCGCAACAGCAGCAGCCGCAUUCUCUCCGCCAUGUGGAAAGCCAAAGACGACCAGGACGCAAAGAUCAAGAUCCACGUGGCCGGCAUUCUCAAGCGUCAGCAGUACAUAGUCAAGAUGUGCCGAGCACUGAUGCUCUUUGGAGCUCCAACCCACCGUCUCGAGGAGUAUCUCGCUACCACCGCCAAGGUGCUGGAGAUUAAUAGCCAGUUCCUCUAUGUCCCCGGCUGCAUGAUCAUCUCCUUUGACGACCUUCUCACUCACACCGCUGAAGUCAAGAUCGUCCGGACCGCGCAAGGCGUUAACCUCGCGAAACUCAAGGAUACCCACGAAAUCUACAAGGAGGUGCUUCACGACGUCAUUAGCUUGGACGACGCGCUCUCCCGGUUGGACGAUGUGAUCAACGCAAAGGAUCGUCACCCCGUCUGGCUCUGCGUACUUAUGUACGGGUUGGCUAGUGCCGCAGUAUCGACCUUCUUCAAGGCUCGGCUCAUCGACAUGCCCAUCAUUUUCGGCCUGGGCUUGCUGCUAGGCUUCCUCCAGCUUGUUGUGGCACCCUUAUCGAAAACCUACACCACAGUUUUCGAGGUCAGCGCAAGCAUCUUGAUGAGUUUCCUUGCACGUGCAUUUGGGAGUAUCCACAAUAAUAGCAUCUUCUGCUAUUCAGCCAUCGCUCAAGGCUCCAUUGCCAUGAUCCUCCCUGGAUGGCUGGUACUCAGCUCGGCCCUUGAGCUCCAAUCCAAAGCCAUCGUCCCCGGAUCGAUCCGGCUAGUCUUCGCCAUAAUCUACUCCCUCUUUCUCGGCUACGGCAUCACAGUCGGCACCGCACUUUACGGUGCCAUCGAUUCCAACGCCACGGCCGAAACGGUCUGCCGCGACCCGCUCCACCCGUACUGGAACUUUCUCUUCGUCCCCUUCUAUGUCUUCUUCCAGACGUUCACCGUCCAGGCUAAAUACAAACAGAUGCCCGUCAUGAUCGGCAUUGCGCUCGCGGGCUAUAUCGUCAACUUCUACAGUAACAAAAAGUUCUCGGCCUCCGCCCCAAUCGCCUACACGCUUGGCGCGUUUACCAUAGGAUGUCUCGCCAACCUGUACAGUCGCCUGCGCCAUGGGGUAGCAGCUGCCGUUCUUCUCCCUGCCGUCUACGUCCAGGUUCCUGGCAGUCUCGCAACGAGUGGCGCCAUCACUAGUGCAUUAGCCACCGCGAAUGCCCUUAUCAGGGGUUCCGAAGGAGCCGCAGAUGUAAGUCCUGUAAUACACACUAAACACAGAUCAGGCACCUCACACUCGAGCGACUACGGUCAACCACGUCUCGCUGCGUUCUUCCCUCUUCGAGGGUUCACACAGGCAUGAGCUCUCUGCAUGGAGUUUUCAUAACUGUGAUCGAACAUCGUCACAUUGCCCUCUGAAGCCAUCCUGGCUGUCACACCGCACCUGCGUUUAGAGUUGCUCAUUCCCGUCAGUCACUAACGAUGAUUCAGGCAUCAACAGCAAACCUCAAUGCCAUUGUUUUCAAUCUCGCAGCUAGCAUGAUUCAAAUCGCCAUCGGCAUCACCGUAGGCUUAUUCAUGUCCGCCCUCGUCAUCUACCCCAUGGGCAAACGGCGCAGCGGUCUGUGG